GCCAGUUCCGGCGCGGGGCUGGGCCGCUAUGGCGAUCUUCAGCGUCUACGUGGUGAACAAGGCGGGCGGCCUCAUCUACCAGCUGGACCACUACGCACCCCGCGCCGACACCGAGAAGACCUUCAGCUUCCCGCUCGACCUCGUCCUGCGCCCGCACGACGAGCGCGUCGUCGUCGCCUUCGGCCAGCGCGACGGCAUCCGCGUGGGCCACGCCGUGCUGGCCAUCAACGGCGCAGAGGUGAACGGGCGCUUCACGGCGGAUGGGAAGGACGUGCUGGAGUUCCUGGGCAACCCGGCCAACUACCCCGUGUCCAUCCGCUUUGGCCGCCACCGCCUCUCCUCCAACGAGAAGCUCAUGCUGGCCUCCAUGUUCCACUCGCUCUUCGCCAUCGGAUCACAGCUGUCCCCCGAGGUGGGGAGCUCUGGGAUCGAGAUGCUGGAGACUGACACCUUCAAGCUGCACUGCUUCCAGACGCUGACAGGGAUCAAAUUCAUGGUUCUUGCUGACCCCAGGCAGGCAGGCAUAGACUCUCUUCUCCGCAAGAUCUAUGAAAUUUAUUCUGACUUUGCUCUGAAGAAUCCCUUCUACUCCCUGGAGAUGCCAAUCAGAUGUGAGUUGUUUGAUCAGAACUUGAAACUUGCUCUGGAGGUGGCAGAAAAGUCUGGACCCUUCGGACCGGGAUCAUAGAGAACACUGUUCCUGCCGUGCCUGCUCCUUCUGUGAAGAGCUGGACCUGUGCCAGAGCUUUCUUCUCUACAGCAGAGUCUGCGUAUCCCCAAAACAUGCUUCAUUAUUUCCCAGGAUACCCUUUUAUCCCCUUUGUUGUGAAAUUUACCUUACACAAACUCGUUACUGUUUACACUGGGCCACAGAGGACGAUUCUGCUUCGGCAGCUCCACUGCCCUCUGGGAAGCAGCAAGAGGCUCAGGGCUGUGCCCGAUGCAGCUGCUUGUUUUCUUUGUAACUGUACAUACACUUUUCCUGUAUAGCUCUAACUUAUGGCUUCACAGAGGGUUUCUGUGCAGAAGUAAUAAAUAUUCCUCAAGAA